CUUAUCUGAAGCUGCGGAUCUCUGAACCGACGCUGCAUAAGUUUUCUUUUUAUAUAAUAUUUUUUUUUUCUUUUGUCCUUCUCAAUUGAAGUUGCAGUUCAAAUUUGCCUUCUUCCAAAACCAAAACAGUGUAUCCAAUAAUUUAUUAUAUUAAUACAUAUAGAUUGGCUCCUCGACAUAAUACUAUCACACCAGAUUUCAAGAGAAAGAACAACAAAUGGCAGGUUUAUACGACAAACUAGCCGGAACUUACAGAGAUGCCAGGCCAACUUUUCCCACCCAAUGGUUUUCCAUGCUGGCUUCUCUCACCCCUCGCCACUCUCUAGCUUGGGAUGCCGGCACCGGCAACGGACAAGCAGCUAUUAGUAUCGCAGAAUAUUACGACCGAGUAAUUGCAACUGAGAUAAGUGAAGAGCAAUUAGAGCACGCAAUGAAACAUCCUCGAGUACAAUACUUGCACACUCCAUCAUCAAUGUCUGAUGAUGAAGUUGUAUCCUUAAUUGGAGGCGAAAAUUCUGUUGAUCUAGUGACGGUCUCUGUGGCUGUCCAUUGGUUUGAUCUAGAAAGAUUCUACUCUCAGGUCAAGCGUCUGCUACGAAAGCCUGGAGGAGUUAUUGCUGUUUGGACUUAUAAUUUAAUCCAAGUUAACCCAGAAUUUGAUGCUAUCAUGUGGGGUUUCUACGAGAGGUCCAUUCCUUUUCAAAACCCAAAGACAAAAUAUGCAUUUGAUUGUUAUAAGACCCUUCCAUUUCCUUUCGAAAAUGUUGGCGUAGGCUGUGAAGGGCAGCCGAUGAUAUUAGACAUGCCUAAGGAGAUGUCAUUUGAAGGGCUUCUGGGGUUGGUGGGAUCAUGGUCAGCUGUUGGUACUGCUAAAGAACAAGGUGUGGAAUUGUUGUCUGAAAAUGUUAUUAAGGAGUUUGAGACUGCUUGGGGUGGCUCUGAUUUGGUCAGAACUGUUAUUUUUAAGACUUACAUGCUUGCAGGCAAAGUUAAGAGCUGAUGGCUGAAGAGGCUUUAGCCAUUCUCAGAUUUAAUUCAUGUCUAAUUUGACUUUAUUUUGUAUUCUAAAUUAUUAGUUUGCUUGAUUUCCUUCUUUUCCCUCGUAUAAUUUAAAUGUAAUGGUGUUUCAUUCAGCAACACAUAUUUGUUGCUUUGUGGGUCUCAAAAAUGAAUUCAGUUCAAUAAAAAACCUCAACUUUUCAGAAUUAA